CGUAUUACAAAAUUUAUUCCGAAAUAUGUUAUAUAAAAUAUUCUAUAUUUGUAAAUCUACUGUUUUAAUAUUAAUUCAACAACAUAUUUAAUAUUGCCACGUUGUUCUUUAAUAAUUUCAUAAAUCCAACAUGCUGCAACCAAGAGUACAGCUAAAAUAACAAUUAAUAAACACUGUACGAUGAUGAUCGUAACCUAACAAACAUGUUUAAACAUAUCAACGUAAAAACACAAACAAAAACGGUUGUAAUAGUCGCGAACUUCUCAUAACGAGAUGUCGAGCGAAGAGAGUGUGUAUAAUCUUGUAACAAAACUAUGUGAACAUCACUUAGCAAAGAACUCCAAGUGUGUACGAAUCAAUGAUGUGAAACGCCUCAGAGCCAAGGCAUUUAAAGUGCUUUUGCACCAACCCAAUCCUGUAUCAGAUGCAUUCUGGUUGCCAAAUUGCAACUGCUUGGAGAGCCAGUUCCUUACCUGGCAGUACAACGUGCAAUUUACGUUCAAACAGCCGGAACAAGCGAAAAAAAUACAAAGUUACUAUGAUACAAUCAGUAAUUCCAGCUGGGAUGAUCUAACAAGUAAAGCAAUUUUACAUUUUUUGCUAAAACUGCGCAAAAUACCUUUAAAACCCAAGAAUGAAAUUGCGCCACGUUUGUACGAGAGCGGUUAUCGUGUAUACAAUGAAAGCGAUUUUCACUUGGAACCGAUUGAAAACACAUCAAUUAAAUUCUCAAAUUGCUCCCUGGGCGACACAUCUCGCUGGAGUGAUCUCUUCAUCGAUGCUGAUAUACUAGACAACUCCACAUCGAACAAUUCUGAUGAAGGAUUCGAUAACCGAGCGUCACCAGAGCCAAAUAUCUGGGAUGUUGUCUCCCGGAUGAAAUACACAAAACGUCGGACGUGGGAAUCUUUGGGUAAUCCACUACCGCCGAGUGAAAAACCAUUUCUUUCAGAUAGUAGUUUUAAUGUGUAUGCAUUGAUGGAUAAAGGAAAUUGUCUGAAGAAAUGCGUUAAUAAACCGGUGACAGUCAUAACUAAAGAGCAGUACAUGCGAGAUUUGAAACAAGUUGCUCUUGGACUUGAGUCUCACACGUUUGAAUCAAGUGAAGAUGGAUUCUCUUUGAAACCAAAUGUUGUUUUCGAUAAAAUAUCCUAUGAUGUCUUCAAAAAGUACAGUUGUUUGAUGAUAAACUGUGGAAUUUGUUUCAAAGCGCUUCAGAAUAUGGUGUCUUCAACAGAAACAUCUGCAUUUGGUAAUGUUUAUAAAUACGGGCCUAUUUAUGCUGAAUUUUGUAGUGCUGUUAAUCGUUACCUGUCAUAUUAUUACACCGCAACAACAAAAUUCGACGAAAACAAAGGAUUGUUAAAGUUUCACGCGUUUAUCCGCAUGUUAUCACAACAAUUAUUCGCUGUUGCUAACAUCUGUAAGGUAGGAACUUACAGGGAACCUCACGGAAGUACAAUUCCAAGCGGUGUUGAUUUAUUAAAUUAUUUAUAUAAGAAAUUAUUUGGACAAUCGAAUAGAACGAUUCUCAUGGUGUUGUUAGGACUGUUAUUUCCAUGUUUACAAAUUUAUUUCAUACGAUAUCUUAGUCCGUGGUUGCUACAAGGCGUCGUAAAUGACACGCACAACGAGUUUUUCAUCCGUGUGUCACUAAAAUUCCUGACUAGUAAAGACAGGAAGUAUUGGACGCAUGGUUUUACAAUCGUUGAUUCAAAAAUACCCGAGUUUCUUAUUGAUCAUGCAAAGAAUAUUCUAGAUUGUGGAAAAUCCGCGCAUUUAUUGAAGUUAUGCAUGCCUAAGUCACGAAUUGUUCAGUAUUUCAUGGCGAAUAAGUCGCAUAUGAUUCAGUGUUGUAUUACGCGUGAUUUAUUGUUGAAACGAGAGCGAGCUAUUAAGGCGUAUGAGUUUGAAAUGGUUGUUGCUGGCGGAGGAACGCAAUUUUCCUUAAAGGAUUGGUUAGCGAUGAAAGAAGAUGAGAAGAUUAUUUUUAGCAAGUGUGUUGCUGCUAAACGCGCGGCAACUAUCAAACGGAUUCAGCAACAAAGACUGGAAAAGUUAUCCAAAGAAAAUGAAAGGAAACAAGAACGUUAUCGCAUGCUGCGCGAUGAAUAUGACAAACAAUUAGCUUUAAAACAAGAAGUAAAACUUGCUGAGCUUGCCCGAGAGCUCAAAGAAGAAGAAAAAUUCGCGGCGAUGCAGGAAAAAGUCCAAACUAUGAUUCAAGAAGAAGCCCUACGAAUGAUUGCCCAUUAUGAGCAGAUAUACGAAAACGCAACACAUAUGAACGAACGCAUCUUAACCCACAUUGAAACAAUCAAAAAUAUUCAUCUGGAAGAACCACCGACACCUAAUCCACCUAUUCCAGCAACACAAACAGUGGAAACAAUCGAUGUUGACGUAAUCAAUGCAAACGCUGACGGAAACAUAAACACAGAUCAAAAAACUAUCCCAGAUGACAAAAUCAUUCUCACUGAUGCGCAACGCAACAAAUUAAAAGUAAUGGGUUCUUCAAUCAAUGAAAAAACCAACAUUCUGAAACCAAGUAAUACAAAUAUUAUCGUAACCGACGCGCAGAGGAACAAAAUGAAGGUAAUGACGGAGGAGUACGGCCAGAAAACCGAUCUGGAAAUUAAUCGUGAUUAUUCAAUGCGUAGUAAAUUAACUUUUAAUGAUAACGAUUUUCUUAUUACCACAAACGCGCCGAAUAAUAACAAUCCACAAGAUGGCGCCGAGAACAAACCGCAAACGUCGAAGGUUGAAGGUGACUCAGUCACCGAUAACGACGGCAACUUAAUUACCGCGAAUGCAUCACGCUUGGAGAAAUACCGACAAGAGCGUAAUUUUAAAUUGGACGUUACGAAAACAAUGGCCGAGUACGGUUAUACGCCGUAUCAAAAUACGCCUAGCUUUGACUUUUUAAAAUCCGAUUCGCUGUUCACGGCGACUGCGAGCGCAAGCGCGGGAUGCUCGUUUACUUGUACACCUAUGUACGAAAACGCUGGUGAAACUAUUCAUCUGGAUUAUGAUUAUCCUAUGAGGGUUCCCUUGGCAGAUGUGGCGGACAUUCAAGUCUUGACGUUGGAUAAUUAUAUUCGACGUAGUCUAAUGUUGCCAUUGGAAGUACAAAUGAGUCUGUUGCGUUCUGAUCUUUUGAAACAUUUCAUAGUCGAUCAAAGGUUUCUCACACAUCUUGAACAACUCCGGAACUAUUACUUUCUUUUAGACGGAGAGUAUUGUAUUAGAAUGACACGUGACUUGUUUAAGAGUUUAUAUGCAGGUGGAGAAAGAGCUGUGUAUGGUUUUCCAGCUCGUACGCAAUCAUUUAUGGCGGAUUUGCCGGAAGAUGGCGAUAUUGUAAUGAGAUUAUGUGUGAAUUCUCUAGCGAAAGGAUUAGAUUUGGGUAAUAUUAACGCCUUCGAUGGAAUUUCAUUAAGUUGUGAUGUUAAAUGGCCAUUGAAUAUUUUACUUCCGAGGGAUACUAUGGGUAAAUACGAUGAGAUAUUUAAAUUCUUAUUGAAAGUUCAUCGUGUUGCGUGGGUUUUACGCAAUAUUUUCAUGGACUUGAAAAUGAUGCACAAGGAACAUUCCCAACACGCAGCGUUAUUAUCCUGUUCACCGCAUUACCAGCGCGUGGAAUUGUGCAGACACAUCAUGACACAUUUCAUCCAAACAUUCCAGAAUUACAUCGUAGGCGAAGUAUUGCAGAGUGCGUGGGCUAGCUUUCAGGAAGCACUGAAAUCGAUUGAUCAUAUUGAUGAUUUAUAUACUGCACACACCACAUAUGUCAAACAAAUCUAUUUCAUGUGUCUUCUUAAUAAACAAUCAGCACCGGUGAGGAAAGUAGUGAUGAACAUAUUCAAAGUAAUACUCAAGUUUUACGAUUAUUUGCGUUUGCGUGAUUGGGUGCUCAACGACACCGCAUUCGAGCAUCCAAAUUACGCCAAACUGGAAGAAAUCUUCGCGAAUUUCAUGGUAAUGGCGAAGUAUUUCUUCAAGGUAGGCAAAAAGGUUACACGCAGCGCGUAUCAGUCACAAUUCGCACAGCUUAUCGAUUUAUUGGACAUCAAUGGAUAUUUCAGUGCUUGUUUCAGCGAAUCUACUUAAUUUCAGCUUUAUAAAGUUCACAACAACUAAUCAACACGUUAUGUAUUUAUUUGAUUAUUUAAUAAACGCGUACUUACGAUUUGAAA